GCUCUGUGCGGCCCCGCAGGUGCGCGCGGAGCCAUGGUUAUCAUGUCGGAGUUCAGCGCGGACCCCGCGGGCCAGGGUCAGGGCCUGCAGAAACCCCUCCGGGUGGGUUUUUACGACAUUGAGCGGACCCUGGGCAAAGGCAACUUCGCGGUGGUGAAGCUGGCGCGGCAUCGAGUCACCAAAACGCAGGUUGCAAUAAAAAUAAUUGAUAAAACACGAUUAGAUUCAAGCAAUUUGGAGAAAAUCUAUCGUGAGGUUCAGCUGAUGAAGCUUCUGAACCAUCCACAUAUCAUAAAGCUCUACCAGGUUAUGGAAACAAAGGAUAUGCUUUAUAUCGUCACUGAAUUUGCUAAAAAUGGAGAAAUGUUUGAUUAUUUGACUUCCAACGGGCACCUGAGUGAGAACGAGGCACGGAAGAAGUUCUGGCAAAUACUGUCAGCCGUGGAGUACUGUCACGACCAUCACAUCGUCCACCGGGACCUCAAGACCGAGAACCUCCUGCUGGAUGGCAACAUGGACAUCAAGCUAGCAGAUUUUGGAUUUGGGAAUUUCUACAAGUCAGGAGAGCCUCUGUCCACGUGGUGUGGGAGCCCCCCAUAUGCCGCCCCAGAAGUCUUUGAGGGGAAGGAGUAUGAAGGCCCCCAGCUGGACAUCUGGAGCCUGGGUGUGGUGCUGUACGUCCUGGUCUGUGGUUCUCUCCCCUUUGACGGGCCUAACCUGCCGACGCUGAGACAACGGGUGCUGGAGGGCCGCUUCCGCAUCCCCUUCUUCAUGUCUCAAGACUGUGAGAGCCUGAUCCGCCGCAUGCUGGUGGUGGACCCUGCCAGGCGCAUCACCAUCGCCCAGAUCCGGCAGCACCGGUGGAUGCGGGCUGAGCCCUGCUUGCCAGGACCCGCCUGCUCCACCUUCUCCGCGCACAGCUACAGCUCCAACCUGGGCGACUACGACGAGCAGGCGCUGGGUAUCAUGCAGACGCUGGGCGUCGACCGGCAGAGGACGGUGGAGUCGCUGCAAAACAGCAGCUAUAACCACUUCGCUGCCAUUUAUUACCUCCUCCUCGAGCGGCUCAAGGAGUAUCGGAAUGCCCAGUGCGCCCGCCCCGGGCCUGCCAGGCAGCCGCGACCUCGGAGCUCGGACCUCAGCGGUUUGGAGGUGCCUCAGGAAGGCCUUUCCACUGACCCUUUCCGCCCCGCCCUGCUGUGCCCGCAGCCGCAGACCUUGGUGCAGUCUGUCCUGCAGGCCGAGCUGGACUGUGAGCUCCAGAGCUCGCUGCAGUGGCCCUUGUUCUUCCCGGUGGAUGCCAGCUGCAGCGGCGUGUUCCGGCCCCAGCCCGUGUCCCCCAGCAGCCUGCUGGACACAGCCAUCAGUGAGGAGGCCAGGCAGGGGCCAGGCCUAGAGGAGGAGCAGGACGUGCAGGAGUCCCUGCCCAGCAGCACGGGCCGGAGGCACACCCUGGCCGAGGUCUCCACCCGCCUCUCCCCACUCACCGCUCCAUGUAUAGUCGUCUCCCCCUCCGCCUCGGCAAGUCCUGCAGAGGGAACCAGCUCUGACAGUUGUCUGACCUUCCCUGCGAGCAAAAGCCCUGCGGGGCUCAGUGGCACCCCGGCCACUCAGGGGCUGUUGGGCGCCUGCUCCCCGGUCAGGCUGGCCUCACCCUUCCUGGGGUCGCAGUCCGCCACCCCGGUGCUGCCGACUCAGGGGGGCUUGGGAGGAGCUGUUCUGCUCCCUGUCAGCUUCCAGGAGGGACGGCGGGCGUCGGACACCUCACUGACUCAGGGGCUGAAGGCCUUUCGGCAGCAGCUGAGGAAGACCACGCGGACCAAAGGGUUUCUGGGACUGAACAAAAUCAAGGGGCUGGCUCGCCAGAUGUGCCAGGCCCCUGCCAGCCGGGCCAGCAGGGGCGGCCUGAGCCCCUUCCACGCCCCUGCACAGAGCCCAGGCCUGCAUGGCGUUGCAGCUGGCAGCCGGGAGGGCCGGAGCCUGCUGGAGGAGGUGCUAGAACAGCAGAGGUAGGGCCUGCCCCCACCCUGGGACCCCGGGUGGACACAUGGCAGGUUGUCUCCUCCAGGAACCUCAUUUGCNNCCCAGCCAGCCCCCGCCCAGUUUGUGAUCGCCCCCUGUGAUGGCCCCGGGGCUGCCCCGCUCCCCAGCACCCUCCUCAUGUCGGGGCUCCCGCUGCUGCAGCCCCCACUCCUGCAGACCGGCGUCUCCCCAGUGGCCUCGGCGGCGCAGCUCCUGGACACACACCUGCACAUUGGUGCCGGCCCCACCACCCUCCCCGCUGCGCCCCCACCACGCCUGGCAAGGCUGGCCCCAGGUUGUGAGCCCCUGGGGCUGCUGCAGGGGGACUGUGAGAUGGAGGACCUGACGCCCUGCCCCCUGGGGACCUUUGUCCUGGUGCAGUGAGGGCAGCCCUGCGUCCUGGCGUGGACACUGACUCUUACAAGCAAUAACUUCAGAGUAGGUGAAGAUGUCUGGACUCAAAGCCAAGAACUUUCUAGAAGCGAAAUAAGCAAUACGUUAGGUGUUUUGGCUUUUUAGUUUAUUUUUGUUUUAUUUUUUUCUUGCACUGAGUGACCUCAACUUUGAGUAGGGACUGGAAACUUUAGGAAGAAAGAUAAUUGAGGGGCGUGUCUUGGGGGCGGGGGCAGGAGGGGAGCUGGGUGGAGGGAACACAUCUGCAGUGCCGUGGUGUGGGGAUCUCAGCCCCUCUCUCUGGGUUCCUUGUGGUUGAGAUGAUUACCUCGGACGUCCACAGAAACGAGCGGGCGCAUCGUUGUCCGCUUGUGUGUGUGUGUGUGUGUGUGCGCGCGCGUGUGCACGCGUGCAUUGAUUACUAUCCAUUUCUUUAGUUAACACUCUCCACUUCCUGAUUUAUGCUUUAAUGAAAACUGUGAACUUUCCGCUUCAUGUAUUGGUUUUAAAGCAGCUCUAAGUGGUCAGCCCAGGCGAGGAUCACCUACAGGUUCUAGGAAUUCUCUCCGCUGAAAUCAAAACCUGGAAGAUACGUUGUUCUCAUUUUAGAUGAGAAGUUUUAUAAACUACUCAAGAGUUAGUUUUCCAGGACUCUUUGGAGGAACCGCAGGAAGAACCUCAAAGAGGGCAGAUGUGACUUCAAAGUGUGGGGGACUCUGUCCUGAGGGUCCCUUGGCCCUGAGCCCCCAGGCGCCCUUGCAGAAGCCCAGAAGCUUCUGCCUGCUGCACCUCCCGUUUCCGCUGCUGAUGACGUUGAUGCAUUUCAUGAUGGGGUCCAACAAGAGCACCUGACUUGGGUGAAGUUGUGCAAUAAUGGUGGCUGACUGCAGGGCUGGGCAGCUGGGAGACGGGUUCAUGGCUCAUGGCUCAGGGCCAUGCCUGCCUGGGCCGGGACCCCCCGACCUCCCUGACUGCCCCUACCUGGGCUCUUCUUUGGCUUUUGUUCAAGGAAGGUAAAGUGAGAGGUUUAGGUCAGUGUUUUCAAGUUUUUGUUUCUUUUUUUAAAGCAAAUCCUGUACAUGUAUCUACACGGGAGACAGGUAAACACUACUUAUUUGUUCUAUUUUGUACUACACGUUUGUGUUCCAGGUUUAAGCUUCCCUCAGUCGUGUUGUUAAGCGUCCCUGUCAGCACAGGUGUGCGUUGAGGAAGGAGCCCCAGGGCCUUCCCUCCCUCAGCACUGGGGUGGAGGCCGCAGGAAGGGGCAGCCCUUACCUGGCAGGUCCGGGCGCACCUCUGGCAGGUGGACUCCGUGGGGCUCCACCAGCCAGAAGCCUCUGGAAGGCAACAAAGGCAGUGCUGCUCCCACUCGCCCUGAGUCCAGUCCCCGCCCUCAAACCCAGCCCAGGUGCCUUCAGCUACUUCGGCUUCUCACACCCUGCAGUGUUAAACAGAGGCAUUGAGAAAGGGGAAAGGCGGGUACUUUUAAAAGCCAAAGAUUGACCCAGUUACUUGAGGGUAGGGAGGCGGGCCCAGUGCAGGAGGCUGCAUCCCUGCGCUGCCGGCGCCCACCGGGGGCUGUGCCUGUGCUGUGCCGCAGGGAAGCUGGCUGCCCCCAUUCCUGCUGCUGCUGCUGCUCUGUGGCUGUUUCAAAGACUGGACGAGAGGCUGUCUGGAGGGCAGACCUGGUGCCUUGCCGCAGAGAAAACACCAAAGUCUCCUGUUCGCUCAUAAAGAAGUCUUUGGGAUGGGAGAGCAUCCAGACCAUCUUGGGGCAGCCAGGCCCUUGCCUUCAUUUUUACAGAGGUAGCACAAUUGAUUCCAACACAAAACCCCUUCCCCUUUUUAAAAUGACUUCUGUUCUAAUGCCACAGAUCAAAGGCCUCAGAAACCAUUGUGCGUUUCCCCUUUGAAGCAAUGACGAGCACUUUACUUUCACAGUGGUUUUUGUUUUUUCUUAUUGCUGUAGAACCUCUUUUGGAGGAUGUUAAAGGCGUGUUUUUCUUGUUUUUUUUAAGAGUGUGCUAUGUGUUUUGUAGAUUUCUUGACAGUGCUGUAAUACAGACGGCGAGGCAAUGGCCUAUUUAAAGACACUACGUGAUCUGAUCGAGAUGUACAUAGUUUGUUUUUUUUUUUUUUUUUUACCAUAACUGAAUUAUUUUCUCUCUUAUAUUAACAUGAGAAAUGUAUGCCAAAUGAUUAGUUGAUGUAUGUUUUUUAAUUUAAUAUUUAAAUAAAAUAUUUGGAAGGAAAAAA